CUAGCAUCGUGAACGGUAAGCGGCGUAAGUAAUAGCUUAGACAGAUAAAUCAUAUCGGUUGGUCCCGCUGUCGAUCGACUUUUUGGUUAUCUUCUAGUAUGCACAGCUGAAGAACAGAGUUCGUUCGAAGACCAUGAUAUCAAAUGCGCGCGGCGUCAUCAACUGAGAUAAAAUAAAAUUUUGUUGAUCCUUGCCGUUUUAUUAAUAAAGCCCGACUGCCCUGCUAUUUUCAUAAUACAUUACUACCUUCAAUGGCGCAUGCGACAUCAAGUCCGCGCACCCGAACCUUUAAAUAACAUAAAAAUCUAUAAUAACAGGCUAUCAUAUUAGAAGCCAUUCAAUUCAUAGCUUCUCUAUUUACGUUUUAUUCCUUCUUACUAUAUAUUAUAUAAUUACACAUUACAUACAAAUUAUCCGACAAGAUGGACGAAGAUCAGGGUCCAUCCCAAAUAGUACCUCAUCAUGGACCGAAGAAAAUUGUACGCGACCGAUUGAACGGUGUUAGGAAGACUUUCUUCACCAGACAAGGCAUUCUGGGCGACUACGAUUAUGGCUUCCUUCUUAAACCGAAUUUACCAUUCAUGAAGAAAUCUCGACGGGCUUCACCCUUCUUUGGUUUGAAUGAUAAAAUGCCAGUUGUUUUAGCACUGCUUCUCGGACUUCAACAUGCUUUGGCUAUGUUGGCUGGAGUUAUUACUCCUCCCAUUCUCAUGUCAGGUUCGGCCGGUGUAAACUUGCCUGGGAAUUUACAACAAUAUCUUGUUUCAACAUCUCUUAUCGUGUCUGGUGUGCUCUCCAUGAUUCAGAUUACUAGAUUUCACAUUUACAAAACACCGUAUUACUUAGGGACUGGUCUUAUUUCCGUCGUCGGUACUUCGUUUUCCAUCAUUCCCGUCGCACAAGGCGCCUUCGCGCAAAUGUACGCCAACGGCUUCUGUCCGACGGAUGCAAAUGGAACCAAACUUCCUUGUCCAGAUGCGUACGGAGCACUUCUCGGCACCGCUGCCGUGUGCGCUCUUAUCGAAGUUCUCAUUGCUUUUAUACCGCCAAGAAUUAUGUUGAAGAUAUUCCCUCCUAUCGUCACCGGUCCGACAGUAAUGUUAAUCGGUAUCCAUCUUAUUCAAACGGGUUUUGAGAACUGGGCUGGUGGUAGUGGACCUUGUGCGGAUGCGACACAUUCCGCAUUCUACGAUGUUUGUCCAAAUGUUGGCGCGCCUCAUGCCUUGCCUUGGGGUUCUCCGGAGUAUCUAGGCCUUGGUUUCUCCGUGUUUCUCACUAUCAUCCUAUGCGAACGCUUUGGAGCACCAAUUAUGAAGUCGACUAGUGUUAUUAUUGGUCUUCUUGUGGGUUGUAUCAUUGCCGCCGCGACAGGAUACUUUGAUCGCUCUGGAAUCGAUGCCGCGCCGGUUGCGUCUUUUAUCUGGGUUCACACGUUCAAGCUUACUGUGUAUGGACCUUUGGUGUUACCGACGCUGGCAGUUUUUAUUAUCUGCGCCAGCGAAUCGAUUGGUGAUAUCACUGCUACCUGCGAUGUGUCACGUCUCGAAGUCGAAGGCAGAACCUAUGAAUCUCGUAUCCAAGGUGGUGUAUUCGCCGAUGGUUUGAACGGUAUUCUUGCUGCUCUUAUGACGAUUACUCCUAUGUCUACCUUUGCACAGAAUAACGGAGUUAUCGCUCUUACGCGCUGCGCUAAUCGCACGGCUGGAUACUGCUGCUGUCUUUUCUUGAUUAUAAUGGGCAUUUUCGCAAAAUUUGCGGCUGCUCUUGUUGCUAUCCCUUCCUCGGUACUUGGUGGCAUGACUACAUUUUUGUUUUGCUCCGUGGCCGUGUCGGGUGUUGCUAUCAUAACUCGAGGUGUUCCUUUCAAUCGACGAAAUAGAUUUAUCUUGACGGCUGGGUUGUCCAUUGGAUACGGAGCCACCUUGGUUCCAACCUAUUUCGAUAAUGUUUUUAGUUACAGCGGCGAUAAUAGAAGUCUCCAAGGAUUUCUCGAUGCGAUUGUAUUGGUUAUGGAGACAGGAUUUACUGUCACUGCCUUCAUUUGUAUGAUUCUAAAUCUUACAUUGGAAGAAGAGAUUGAAGAGACGGACGAGAAAUUAGUUGCUUCAGAGGUACCGGUAACAACUAAGAACAUACCUACCAACACCGAAAGUCUUGAUGGCAGUAUGGUUAAUUCUGGUCAUGAGAAACAAGUCUAGAUUUGUUUUGAUGUAUUUUGAUUUAUUUUGGUCUGAAGUUGUAUAAAUUGUACAGACAAAAGCGUAUUUAUUGAAGAUAUUAACAAAAUUAGUGUGUUUAUUGAAGUUCAUGUUAUCAGAUAUAUAUUUAGUGAAUGUAUGUACCUAGAUAGGUACCCUUACGGGGAGGGGCUACGGGGAAAUGUAUGGGCCGAGGCGUCUCCAUUUUCUUAUCAGGAUUCAAUCAUUUCAUCAUUUCAAUUGCUUCAAUAUAUUUAAUUGAUACUAGUACCAAUUGAAGUAGGUUGAUACCGACAUAACCUAUAUACUCAAGGU